ACAAUGAUCUAGUGUGACAAGUUUGGAAUUGAGGAUUUGACUAUCGAUCUCACUUACACUCUACUCUUCUCCAUUUGUGUGUUUUACCAUUUUUAUACUCAGAUAUUACUCAAAUGGUUGUUUCUAGUGCCAGAGCUUUCUUCCUCAGAGUCCCCCGACCUUGGAAAUAUUCAAAUUCGUUUGCUACUCGCAAUUUAACGAACCAAUUUCAGGGAUACCAUUGUUAUCAUGGUUUAAGCUAUGCUAGCAAACCAAGUGAUUGUUAUAUGGGUUGGAACAAAAAGAGGAAAACAGUUAAUCCUGUUUGGAGGCCAAUGAGUACUCAAUCUACUUCAAAUGAGGUGGGGGCAGUAGCUGAUUCAACAAUCUCUUCUUCAUCCAUGCAAGCUGAAAAGGAAGUUGGUGAAGUUGAAGCAGUCCAGGUUAGUCCUGGUUCUGCUUCACAAAAUAACUUUGGAGUUGCAGAUGUUGGGAAAAUGUCAACUACAAGCGAGAAGAAACUUUCUGUUUCUGUUGAGGUAGGUGCUUCUGUCAUGCGGUUCAUCGGACUAAAAGAUUUAUCUUUGCGGAAAGGGAUUGAAGAGGAAAUGGGAGUCAAAUUAAGAUUUCCAUCAUCAAAACAGGAGGAUUCUAUAGUAAUUAAAGGUGACUCCAUGGAUGUAAUUACCAAAGCUUCAGAAAAAAUCCAGGCUAUAAUUGAUGAGGCUGUUAAGAGUCCAUCUCUUAAUCACUCUCACUUCAUCUCGCUCCCAUUAGCCAUACACACUGAACUAAUUGAUAAGCUCACCAGAUUUCAGUCCACCAUAUUGGGAUGCAAUGAUUCAAAAGAUGCAGAUGGUCAUGGGACUAUGGAUGUUAAUUCAAGUAACGAAGCAUCAGAAGAUGAAGGAAAAAGUGAUAAACUUGUAAAAGCACCAGAUGUUCCUGUCAAACUUAAAGUUGAUGAAACGGACAAUGGUAAAGCGGAUACAAAGAGCAUUACUCUUGUAAGCUAUGCACCCAAAGCGACUGGGUUUGGGAUAGACAAAACUAUAUUUAUCAAACCAAAAACAUUUCACUUGACUGUUGUAAUGCUGAAGUUAUGGAAUAAAGAACGCGUCCUUGCAGCUAAGGAGGUUUUGCAGAAUGUCUCCUCUGAACUAAUGAAGGUGUUGGACAAUCGACCUUUGUUUGUUAGACUUAAAGGGCUGGAUUGCAUGAGAGGAUCCCGGAGUAAAGCUCAAGUUCUUUAUGCUCCUGUUGAAGAAAUAGGCAACGAUGGGCGACUUCUUCGUGCAUGUCAAAUCAUCAAAGAUGCGUAUGUCAAAGCUGGGCUAGUUCUUGAGAAAGAUGCAAAGGAAAAGUUAAAGUUGCAUGCUACUGUGAUGAACACAACACAGAGGAAAGGAGUAAACAGGAAGAAACAUAGAAAGGGGAAAGACACCUUUGAUGCCACAGAAAUUUUCAAGCAGUUUGGGUCAGAACCAUGGGGUGAUUAUCACAUUCGUGAAGCUCAUCUUUCACAAAGGUUUUUGUAUGAUGAAAAUGGUUACUACCAUUGCUGUACUUCUAUACAGUUACCGGAGGUCACUGAAGUUCCUGUUACCGGCGCCACUCCGGUUGAGUCAGUAAAAGGUUCCGCAGCAGAGAGUGUAUAAUAAUCUUCUUCCUUAGCACACAUCGGGCCUGUUUGGUAACUGACUUUUUUACUGGCUUUUUCAUUGGCUUUUGGCUUUUUUAUUUGGUCAAAUAGCCAAUAAUUGUUUUGAUAAUGGCUUUUUCCUUGGCUGAAAAGAUGGUUUUUCCGCGAAAACUCAAAAGAGUAGUUUUUUACACUG